AUGGAUGUGACUUCGCUCCUCAACACAGCAGCAUCCGGCAGCUCGUCAAAACCUUCAAGAGCAUCUGCAUCGCCGGCCAUUACGGAAAGUGGCCACACAGUACCUUCUUCGGCGCUUCCUACGCCAUCGCCAGAGCGGACACUAGGGCCUGCAAAAUACGAAAGAAGUCCUCGCCAGGACUCGUCGCUUUGGGGAGCGAGAGGAUACUCUCUCCAACUGGCCCUGGAAUCGAAAGCACGGUCGGGCUCUGUGUUUUCGUAUCAGGCCGAUGGACGCAACGAAACGGAGAGCGAGGAUGGUAUUUACAACAGCUCAAGAAAUGACUCGAUAUGCUCGGCAGAAGUCUCCGCCUCACAUUCUCCCCGCACUAUACCAUCUCGCAUCCUAUUGCCCUUCAUUUCUCCAGAUCAAAGUGAUGCUGAACAUGGGGGGCAUGAACCAAGGAACUUGGCUCCAGCCAGCCAUAGCAGCCAGCCCCUCCAUGCCUCAUCUGAAUCGAGAUCACACUCGCGUGUCCCUUCAAGAACAACGGCCACCGCUUUGCAAUCCGUGAAUGGCGCGGCGUUGCACGGCAGGGGUCAUUCACUCGACCGCAUGGCAGGCCAAGAAGACUCGCAAUCCACUUCGCAGGCUGAUGAUGAAAUCAGAUCAUUUCAAGCUAAUAGCAACUUGGCCAGAAUGCACAAACGAACCGUAUCCGCGCCAGAUAUCGCUCAAUGCUCCGUGGCCAGAAUGCCACGCCAUGCCGCGCAGCCCAUCACUUCGGAAAGUGCGUCGUUACCGCCCAGUGUCGAACAGCCUGCCGAGGGCUCGCGCCGCAGCUCCGGGGCGACAGAAAAUGGCGCUUCGCUGAAGCAGGACCAGGAAGCCUACUGCAUGUUUGUCAAGGACUGCGACACGGGCUCGCAGCUCCGCAAAGCCAUUUCCCAUCUCUUUGGACGCAACAAGGCGUGCACGCUGCGUAUCCCCAAGCAUGUGUGGGUGUACUACUGCCGCAAGCACUACCAGCGCAUCCGGUACCGCAAUGCAAAAACGUAUCCUCUCAACCAGAUGGAGCUCGUCAAGCUGCAGAUCAUGCGUCUGCAGGCUUGGAGCGAGGAAAACAGGAAGCGGAGCAGUGGCGCUUACAUCCGCAUGUGGACGCUGUCUCUGCGCAAGCGUGAGCAGAGCCGCAUCGAAAACGGUGGCGGUGGCGUUGUCGAAGACGCGGCCGUUCACGAUGCUCGCAGCACCGCAGGUACCGCCGUGCCUGAGUGGCUCAUCCAACGCGUCGCUUCGGGCUACACGACCGAGGCGAUUCUCGACGUGGCCGACCGCCUACACAAGGAAAUCAAAGAUGGACUCUUGGCGCAGGUGCCCGAGAUUGAGUUUCUCCCGGAUAUUGUAGAAGCUGACUCUGGUGCCGGCUCCAAGUCUUCUCGCAAUGGGCGUCGGCAGAGCCGCAUCUCGAGCAGCGGCAGCGGCAUCAGGACGCCCAAGCGAAAGGCUCUCGAUUCGCUCGACUUUGCCCGCGGCGACUCUGUCUACUCGGCGAGUCGGGGAGGCGCAUACUACCCGCCGCCACCUCACCACCAUCAUCACCAGGCCCACUACAUGGGCGAGGAAAGCUACGACGUUGUGAGCCCCUCGGGCAAGCGCGCUCGCCUCGUCCACGGCGGGCCGCCGUACGGGCCGCCGCGCCCCGACUCUGCGCAGCUGCCCCCGCUAGCGUCUGCGCUGUUGUACGGCGAGAUGCAGCCGCCGUCUCAGGCCGCUGCGCGCGCGCCCAACGUCGUCGUGCCGCGGAUUCAGCCGCCCGAGUACCGCCGCGGCAGCUACAAUUACGGAACGGCGUCGCCGCCCGACUCGUACUAUCCGGGCCAGCAGCAGCUGCCGGGUGGACCGGCCCGCUGGGACGGCCACGAGUCGUCGCCACACUCGGCGCGCAGCGAAGGCGCCUACGCCCUCAGCGGCGGACCGCCGCAUCAUGGCCCGCAAUCUCUGCCGCCCAUCAGCGCCCAGUUUGAGGUCCGCUUCCCGCGCGCCGCGCAGCACGGCCCGCCCGCCCGUCCUCACCACUGGCGGUCCGCGAGCGACUACAUCCCCGGCGACCACCGCAGUGCGCCCAUGCCCGGCCGGCCACUGAGCUCGGGCCACGAUGCGUCAUAUCAGCACCACCCCCCGCCGCCUCCUGGCUACGGCCGCGAGUAUGAGCAGGGCCCGCCGCCGUCACACCACUACGGGCAGGAGCACGAGCAGUACGCGCAUGCGUGGCCGCGGGGGUAUCACGGCAGCCAGGCGCACCCGCGGCAUGUGGGACCGCCGCCGCCGGGAUACGCGGAUGAGGGCUGGACGCGCGAGGGGCGGUUGGUGUACGGGGGACGCCCGUAA